AUGGGUUCUUCUUCUAGAAAUCUCUAUGCAGGAAUUGGAGAAGGUCAAUCAACUUCUAGGCCACCACUCUUUGAUGGCACCAACUACUCCUAUUGGAAGGAACAGAUGAGAAUCUAUAUCCGUUCCACCAACUUCCAAUUGUGGUUGGUGAUCAAGAACGGCGAAGAAAUCCCUAUGAAGAAAGUGGGAGAAACCACGGUUCCAAAGACCGAGGACGAAUUUGAUGCCGAGGAUAUCAAGAAGAUUGAGAAUUAUGCAAAGGCCAUCAAUAUGCUAUAUUGUGCGGUCAACCCCGAUGACUACCGGAAGAUCUCCUAUUGCAUAACCGCCAAGGAGAUGUGGGACAAGAUUGAAGUAACUUACGAAGGUGAGAAAAUCGACGACAUGUUUUAUCGUUUCUCAAAAAUUAUAAACGAUCUUCAUGCUCUUAAGAAGACAUAUACCAACAAGGAUCUCGUAAGGAAAAUCCUGCGAAGUCUCACCCCCGAAUGGAGGUCAAAAGCCGAUGCAAUCUAUGAAUCCAUUGGAGUCUCCAACGUCACCAUCGACGGGCUAAGAGGUAAUCUUAAAACCUAUGAAUCUACUAUUCUAACCCCGUCUUUGGAUGAACAAAAGAAAAAGGGGAUAGCUCUCAAAGCCACCAAGGAACCGGUGGAAGAGGUUUCAAGCGAUGACGACAACGAGUUUGGACUCGUCAUCAAGAAGUUCCACAAGUUCAUGAAGAAGGAAUUUGAGCGGAAGGGAAGGAAGCACGACGGUCCUCCCAAGUGCUACGGCUGUGGCGAGAUUGGCCACAUCAAGCCAAGGUGUCCAAAAGCCAAACAUGGCAAGGACAAGCCCGGCUUCAAGAAGCAAAGGGCUUACAUCUCUUGGGGUGGCGAUUUCGGCGACGAAUCAACCGACCAAGAGGAGGACGAAGCUGCAAAUCUUUGCCUCAUGGCGCACGAAGAUCAAAACGACGACGUCCAAGAGGAAGGAAUGGGGUUCAAUAAAAAUGAAGCUAAAGUUAAAGAAAAUGUUGAGCCACCACCUAGACAACCAUCUAAGGCUCAACAUAAGAAACCUAAAAAUCAGGUUAAUAGAAAACCUAGUCAACCUAAGGACACUAGACAACCUAGACUAAAACCUAGGAAUGAAAAUGUCCAUGAUAAUACUCGCUUGGCGAGAAAGGCUGUUUGUGAUGAUCUUGCAGAUUCACUUGAAAAAUUACACGUUGAAGACGAUGAAGAAGACACGCUAUUAUACACCAACCUGGAACCACAACCUGAGGAAACACCUCAAGUGAUGAUCGAAAAUGAGGACCAAGCGAACGAAGAAGAACACGAGGAAGCCCAGGAACAAGAGGAAAACGAGCUUCCCAUCGCUUGGAGAACGAACAAGAAUCAUCCACUUGACCAGGAGCUUCGUCGUGAGAAUGCAGCCUUGCCCGAAUUGCAGCAAAUCCACCAUGUUGUUCGUUCCGAUCGGCUAUCCAAGUAUGCUCACUUCAGGCUCUUGCCUUUCGGUUUCGAUGCAUUGCGGGUUGCGCAAGCUUUCGUUGAGGUGGUUGUUAAACAUCAUGGGUUUCCCGUCAGCUUGGUUUCCGACCGUGAAUCCAUUUUUAUGAGCUCAUUUUGGAAGGAGGUGAUGAAAUUGAGCGGGACAAUAUUGAAGUUUAACGCGCUGUCCAGACGCGAGGAAGGGCCGGACACUGCUGAUCUUUUUGUCUCCUAUGCACAACCAAACCCUUUGCUACUCCAGGAGCUUCGUCGUGAGAAUGCAGCCUUGCCCGAAUUGCAGCAAAUCCACCAGGUUGUUCGUUCUGGUACGGUGCCACAGUCCUUUACCGUGCAUGAUGGAAUACUUUAUUUUCAGCACCGCAUGUCUCAGCUCAUCUUCCCCUUUACGAGAGAUACUAUUAUGGGAAUUCCAUUGCACUCGAACCGCGAGGCACCAUGGGGUAGAGCGCACGUUUCGUCGCCUCGCCCAGAGUUUCUUCUAGAAGGGAAUGCGGUCAGACGUGCGCAGGUUUGCUACGGCUUGUAUGAUCAGCUAUCCAAGUAUGCUCACUUCAGGCCCUUGCCUUCCGGUUUCGAUGCACUGCAGGUUGCGCAAGCUUUCGUUGAGGUGGUUGUUAAACAUCAUGGGUUUCCCGUCAGCUUCGUUUCCGAUCGUGACUCCAUUUUUAUGAGCUCAUUUUGGAAGGAGGUGAUGAAAUUGAGCGGGACAAUAUUGAAGUUUAGUACGGCAUAUUGAAAAUAAUUUGGCAUGCCAACGACCUUAGCUUAACUUACACUCUCUUCAAAUUAAACAAUGAUAGUAGGUUUCUUAGUGACGGAUCCAAAGAAAUGUUGAGCGGGGGA